AUGGCGCUGGGCAGCGCUUGGGUUGUGCAGCGAUUAAGAUCACAAGAUCUGGGUUCCAGCUUCGUCAGUCGUAAAUCGACACCUCGUCAGCGGCAGACAUCCACAAAGAAGAGGGCUCACGCUCAAGCUCAGUUAUUUAGCAGCAGCAGCAGCAGCAGCCUCAAAGCCACGCUGCCACUGGACCAACACAUCAUUUUGCUCAAGUAUCUGUAUCUGCGUUUGAAUCAGUGCCACUGCGGUGUGCACGUUCGCUUUAAGUUGAUGGCCGGGGCCGGGGACUACCUGUUGCGACGUGUUAUUAGGCGACGUAUUGACGACAAGCAAACGUCAACCCAAACGUCAGCUCAUCAUAUCAUCGACUCGAUUGAUGCGCGUCCUCAAGUCCAAGCCCAAGUCCAAGCCCAAGCACCGUCUAGAAGUCAGGCGCUGGCGCUAACCCGCGCUGCCAAUGCGGCAGCCGUCGUGGCCGCCGCCAAUGCCAAGUCACCGUCGGCAGCUGCCAGUUUGGUGGACAUGGCCGUCAAGAAAGAGCACUCUUUGUCGCCACCGCAGAGUGUUGUGGGCAGUGCUCUGAACAUGGGCGUGCCUGCCGAAGAGGUGGUUGCCCAACAGCACAGACGCGCCUCCCUCCAGGGCGUGCAGGAGAAGCUCACUCAGCUGCAGAUGCAGCAUCAACAACAACAACAACAGCAGCAGCAACAACAACCACAGCAACAAGCGUCAGGUGAACAGUUGGCAUCAGGAGGUCGUCGCUCAGCGGGUAACAGUCCACCCACACACAUUCACAAUUCAGAUGGCGAUCGUGGCGGCAAUACGAUGCCAACAUCAGCAGCUUCUAGUCAAAAUGCCUCGCUCGCUGCCACACCGAAGAGCGAACGAGAGCGAGAGCGGGAGCGCGAGGAGCGUACCAGCAAUGUGGGUAGCAUCUCCUGUCUGCCGCCCGCUGCCCUGGGCAUGGGUGUCCAACAAGCUGAAAAGUUGCUCAAUCACCCGGCAUUGGAAACACGGCGAGACUUCGAUGUCAGCAAAGUGAACCCAAAAUCACUUCCACUGCACUGCGUGGUGGAGUCCGUGCACUCCCUGCACGCCUCGCUCACCAUUGAUACGCGCCAGCCGUGGAAACGACGGCCCAAUAUUGAGACAGACAGCUAUGUGAUCAUUGCAGCAGCCACGCCUUGGAGCGAGAUUGUGCAGACGGCGCUUCAGCGUCUAGGAUACUCGCAGGAGACGGCCAACACGGCCAGAGGCUCCCUCAUCAUCAAACACUGGAAACCCAUACCGCUGGAGCAGAUCUCGGACAAUCCGGCGGUGCCCGUCAGCGAUAUUGUUGGCGAACUCACCUCGGUCAUCACCUUGCGGAUUGUGAUUUUGCGCCCAAAGACAUCGCCCUUCGGUGAGAUCAAGGACAAGCUGCUGAAGCUGCUCGUGCUGCAAUCGCAUGCCGUAUUGCGUUCCACCGGCUGUCCCCUGGACGAGGUAACUCUCUCCCAGAUCUGUCGAAGCUCGCACCAGAACACUUAUGCCAUGCCUGGUGGCGAAAUCUCUGAUGAGCUGCGACGCAAAUUUGACCAGUGGUGGUCGAACCAAUUGUCACCCCAAGCCGCCAUGACGCCAAAAAUGUUACCCUUCAUGUCCGCACCGGCAGCGGUGCCCAAUGAGAUGGACUUUCCUGUGGGUACUGCCAUGGCCGCGGCAGCAGCAGCAGCCGCACAUGCCGCAGCAGCGGGUGCUGGUGCCGCUUCUCUAUCCGGGGGUAAUCCAUUGGGCGCAAUAGGCACUCGCGAAUCUUUGCUGCUGGCCAGCGAGGCGGCGGGACAUCAUGCUGGCGCUGGGAGUGUCGGACAGGGUAGUGCGGCCUCCCAUCACGGUAACAUGUUGGUACAUCCGGCCAUGCACGCUUCCAUGCACCACCAUCAUCAUGCAGCUCACGCCCAAUUCCCCAACCAAAAGACGCGUAUGCGCACCAGCUUUGAUCCGGAAAUGGAGCUGCCAAAGCUGCAGAAGUGGUUCCAAGAGAAUCCACAUCCCUCACGGCAGCAAAUACAGACGUAUGUGGUGCAGCUGAAUGCGUUGGAGUCGCGGCGAGGUCGCAAGCCGCUCGAUGUCAACAAUGUGGUUUAUUGGUUCAAAAAUGCGCGUGCUGCACAAAAGCGCGCCGAGAUGCGCGGCGGCUUGGGCACAGCGAUGAGUGCGCUGGGGCAUGCUGCCAUGAAUGGUUACCUCAGUCAGCAUGCACAGCUGGGCCAGAACUCCAGCAGUAGUGCUGGUAGCCAGCCCAUGAGUAUGGGAAAUCUGUCGAUGUCGCAUGACUAUCUGAAGAGCCCAAUGAGCCUUAAGUCCGAGGACAUAGACACCAUGUCGCAGCACUCCGAUGAAAUGGAGGACGAGCCCAGUAGACCUAAUACGCCGCAGCUGCCGUUGUCGCUCACCAUGCACGAGCGCAAUCGCAGCUCGCCAGCGUCCAAUGCUGAUGAGCGUGGUGAGGAUCCAACGCGUGCGGCUGGUCAGCGCACCAAGAGUAGGGGUAGUGAAGAGCGGGAUAUCCUAAAUGGUGUCACUUUAUUGCGCACUAGUCGCUCUCACUCGCGGGAACUGAACGAGGAUGAGCGUGAGGAGAAGGCGCCACAUCUGGCGACCGAUGCACCAGAUAACGACAACUCCAACGGAAAUGCUUCAGCCGAGGAGCGUCAGUUGAACGCUGAGGCUGGCAAUAACAACAACUUAGCUGGUGGUGGCGAAAGCAAUAAUAUUAGUAGCAACAAUAACAGUAAUAACAUUCACAAGCCGACCAAUAGCGAGGGCAUGCAGCAGGAUGCGGAUGUUACGUCCAAACAGGCCACACCCAAAGAGGAAGAUGAGGAUCUGGACAUGGACGAGGAUGACGAUGACAAUGAAAACGAUGCCAGUCACCUGGAUGAGUUUCGUUCCCCAUCACCCGACAUGACCGGUGCUGUGGUCCCGCACAAGGAUCAGUUGCCAUUUCCCAUGGUGCCCAACUCGAUGUUCUCUCAGUCGUUUAUGUACAUGAGCCACUACAUACCGGCAUUUGGUCAAGCCGCUGCUGCCCACCCACAUGCUCAUCAUGCCGCCGCCGCUGCCGCCGCCGCAGGUAUGCAGCCCAACCCGCUUAUGGGUGGCGGCGGUCUUAACUUGUCCAGCAUAUCGAACGAGGAGCGUCGCAAACGCAACCGAACCUUCAUUGAUCCGGUUACCGAAGUGCCGAAGCUGGAACAGUGGUUUGCCAUGAACACGCAUCCGUCGCACAAUCUGAUCCUUAAGUAUACGGAAGACUUGAACACCAUGCCGUAUCGUCAAAAGUUCCCGCGGCUCGAAAGCAAAAACGUUCAGUUUUGGUUCAAGAAUCGUCGGGCCAAGUGCAAGCGCCUAAAGAUGUCUCUCUACGAUAACAGCCAAUGCGCUCAGCUGGGCGGUCUCAACUCCUUUGUCCCGAAGUACGAGGAGCGGGACUAAGCAGAAUUCCCCCUACUUUGCGAGUUUCGGUAGCAUUUGUAAAUAUUACAUAUGAUAGAAAAAAUUAGUUGGCUCCUGUCGGCCAUCCAUCAUCUAUUUGAGACACACUAUAUUUCAGCUAUUAAAUAUUAUAAAGAAAUGAAAAACAUAUACAAAUAAUACCAUAAGGAUCUACAUAAUCUAGUUUAGCGAACUCAGUUAUGACAUUGACUUUAAGUAUUAUAGGAAAAGAGUCCCAGUAAACGGCAGCAUGCAAUUGCCAGGAAUGAGUUAUUUAGUAAAAAUUAGAGCAAAUACGAGUACUACUUCAACUAUAUAGUGGGUGGGCGAAGGGAAGGCGUGGCAAAUUGGUUGAGCCACGUCUCUAAUCAAAUAUCUAACAACUAUGUAUUUUAAUCGUUUUGAAAGAUAAAGAUAAAAAUAAAAAACCAAAACCAAA